AUGUCUCUGCCAAACCUGGGCCUGCUCGAAAUCUUAGGAAUCCUUCAGACUUGGGCCGUUCGUUUCUUCGUAAGCUGCCUCCACCAACACAACCACCACUGAUUAACGCCCCCAAACAGGUAUUCUUAGGAAUCCUAACCAUGGCCCCGGCAAUCUUGAUCCUCCUCUACGACGCGACUCUCUACGUCUGGCGCUACCUGAUCCUCGCACCCCUAACCGGCACGCCAUUCCUAGAGCAGGCGGCGGAGACCGCUGCACGGGGGGAAGUGGAGGAGAUCGGUGCCACGACUGCGACUGUAACGCGGUCGACGCUCACCACGGUUACGGGCCGGCGGAGGAGGACGUUGUCUGGGAGUGCUGAACGGCCGCUGGUAGCACCGGUAGGGCCAACGGAGGGGUUGGAGGGGGUUGGGCUG